AUGACCAUUCUUCACGUCCUCGUAACGGGUAUUUCGCUACCUGUAUGUUGCCAUCUACAGCGCUAUCCUCACACUUGUGAUGCACCAUCUUCAUCGGACACAUCUCGUCUCCUUGCUGUAAAAUCUGUACGCAUCAACUCAAUUGCAGGACUGAGCUAUAUCGCUUGGAAGUGCACGUCUUUAGUCGUGUCGUGUCCUCCUUCCAAUGCCUCUCUGCAGCCAAAUACAAUCCAUUCACAGUGGAUUGCACACCCUCACAUCUCUGUUGUUUGUCCUGCAUCAUCUGAUGCUAAUACGGCAUUGGAUCGUGGCUCACAUGACUCGAAAUUUGAGAUUGACAACCCUCGUGUUGAGCUCUGGAGCUCCUUGAAUGGUUCGAUGGGCCGUUUUAGCAUCGCAAAGCAAUGCAUUCGUAUAGGUGAACAAGCAAUUGAAGCUGCAGCUUUUGCUGUUGUUGUGCGUCAAUCUCUUACUCAUCGACGGUGUCAUUGGUGCUUUGCAUUGCUACGUACAAAAGCGCUUCAAUGUGGUGACUGUGCAUUUACACGGUAUUGUUCUCGUGAUUGUCUGGUAACGGAUGCACCACUGCAUGAGUUUCAGUGUAAAGCACUACGUGAUUUGCAACACUUUGGAUGUGAUGGCGGUGGUGUGGGGGAUGUAGAGACUCUUCGAUUGGCGCUUGCAGUGCUGAGUAUGGAGCAUUUUGUCCAGAAUUCUCAAGCUUUGAGACUGUUAUGUACUCACGCUGAAGGCGGUGAUGACACGAGUGAAGUGCAGAAGGCAGUAGAGUUUAUUACCAAGAAAACAAAUCACGGUGUUGAUCGAAAGCAUGUUUUGACGACGCUCCAGCGCGUUCGCUGCAACGCUCAUCCAAUAUAUCUUGAUGGCGUCACGUGUGUCGGCUCCGGUGUAUUUCCUGAAGCGGCUAUGGCGUUGAAUCACUCGUGUUUGCCUAAUGUGGUGCCUAGUUUCAAUUCACGCACUCGGACACUCGCUUUUCACGCUAUUGCAGAUAUUCCACGUGGAUAUGCUAUCGAGUGCGCGUACAUUGACUUGUUGCAGGCGAGGAAAAGACGUCAAGAGCUACUUGAUCGAGGAUUUGGCUUUACUUGUGUUUGCAAGCGUUGCACAAGAGAAGCUGCGUUGCACACGAUGCGUCACGAUAAAGCAGCAGAAAGUGAAGAAGCAAACGUGGAAGAAGAAACGCAAGUAAUGAAGGAACUGAUGCAGCUGGUGAACUCUGGUUGCAGUAGCGCACAGCAGCGUCUUGCUUGCUUAACGAAAGAGUACGCAAGCUUGUUCAAGCAUAAUAGUGAAGCUCAAUUUGCACUUUACACUACAGAAAUGCAGCUAGCGCGUGAUCGGGAUGACUGGAAUCGUGUAAUGGAGACGGCUGAGAUACUGUUGAAGAUUUGGUCACGAUGCGGCCUACCAGAUAAUUACCACACUACCGAGACGUUGCAUGUACAGAUUUAUUAUGCUGCAAAGAAUGCUGGAAUGAUGUCGAAGGCAAAAACGGCGGCGAAGCGAGUGGCAAGCAUUCGUCAAAUUUGUGGCUAUUCACAUUCUGAGACUGUCAUUGAGUAA